UCCGGCUUUCAGCUAUUUCGUCGAACACCUCUCCUGCGCUUCGGCUAGUGCUCGUGGAUGGCGUGAGGGGCCUUGCGCGCUUGGGGGGAUGGGUAGGGUGGUGCUCGGGUUGGCGGUGGGGUGCGCGGUGGUGGCGUGCGGGAUCGCCGCGGUUGCUGUGGGGAGGAGAGUGAAGAGUCGGAGGAGUUGGGCGAGGGCUGUCGCUGUGGUUACAGACCUUGAGGAAGGAUGCGCUACGCCUUAUUCCAGGUUGCGCCAGGUCGUUGAUGCCAUGGCUGUUGAGAUGCAUGCUGGGUUGGCGUCUGAUGGUGGUAGCAAGCUUAAGAUGCUCCUCACCUUCGUUGAUGCCCUUCCUGAUGGGAAUGAAACAGGCACCUUCUAUGCUCUUGAUCUGGGGGCUGCUACUUUCAGAGUCUUAAAGAUUCAGCUAGGUGGUAAACAAUCAAGGAUCUUGUGGCGUCAGGUUGAACAACAUACGAUUCCCCCAGCUUUAGUGAGUAGCACUAGUGAGGAUCUAUUCGAUUUUCUUGCAAUGACAUUGAAAAACUUUGUUGAGAGAAACAAUGAUGGCUUUGAACAAUCAGAUAAAAGAAAGGAGCUUGGAUUGACAUUUCCUUUUCCUGUUAGACAAUUGUCUGUUUCUUCAGGCAUUCUUAUAAAGUGGACGAAAGGAUUUGCCAUCAGAGACACAGUUGGAAAGGAUGUCACUCAAUGCCUACAAGAAGCACUGACAAAGAGGGGAUUGGAUAUGCAGGUGGCAGCAUUGGUGAAUGAUACUGUUGGAACAUUAGCCCUUGGCCAUUACUAUGAUGAAGACACUGUUGCUGCAGUAAUUAUUGGAACAGGCACGAAUGCCUGUUACAUAGAACGCACUGAUGCUAUAAUUAAAUGUCAAGGUCUUCUUACAAAUUCUGGAGGCAUGGUGAUUAACAUGGAAUGGGGAAGUUUUUGGUCAUCACAUUUGCCAAGGACACCUUAUGAUUUUGCUUUAGAUGAUGAAACCCUAAAUCGAAACGAUCAGGGAUUUGAGAAAAUGAUUUCAGGAAUGUAUUUGGGUGAUAUUGUUAGGAGGGUGCUUCUCAGAAUAGCACUAGAAUCUGAUGUCCUUGGGAAUUCUGCUCGUUCUUUAUCAAUACCAUUCAUCUUGGGGACGCCUUUGAUGGCUGCAAUGCGGGAAGAUGAUACCCCAAAUUUGGAAGAGGUGGGAAAGAUACUGGAAGAAAAUUUGCAGAUGCCUGACCUAAGUCUCAAAGCUCGGAGGCUGGUAGUAAGAGUAUGUGAUGUGGUAACCCAACGGGCCGCCCGGUUGGGUGCUGCAGGUAUAGUUGGCAUAUUGAAGAAAAUAGGACGAGACGGGAGUGGCGGUGUUGCAAGCGGAAGAGCGAGGGGCAAACCUAAGCGAACGGUGGUGGCUGUCGAGGGUGGUCUCUAUGCUGGUUACUCUACAUUCAGGGAAUAUCUAAAUGAGGCAGUGGUGGAAAUAUUAGGUGCCGAGGUUGCCAGAAAUGUUGUACUCAGAGUAUUCGAGGACGGGUCUGGAAUAGGCGCCGCGUUACUUGCUGCAUCACUAUCGUCGGAUCGAUGAAGGUUGGGUAUACAUAUAUAAAUCUCUCUGCAAAUGUAAAAAAGGGAAGGAGCAAUGAUAAAAAGAAUUUGUUUGGCAUUAAAUUAUAUGUGUAAAGGUGUUGUGCAGUAUCUCAUAUUUGUUUCA